UUGAACGUUCUCGAAGAAAACAACGAAAUUACCGUCGUGGGAAAAAAAUUGCGCGGCAUUGGGGGCUCGGACGAUUCGGAAAAGAUCACUAUGGCUUCUCGAAUUCUCGCGGCCGCGGGAGAGAAGAUCGGAGCCGCAGCAGCGAAGCGCCAAGCCCUGAGCUUGACGGACGCUGCCGCCGCAAGAAUACGCAACCUGCUACAGCAGCGCCAGCGGCCCUUCCUCAAACUGGGCGUCAAGGCUCGCGGCUGCAACGGCUUGUCGUACACUCUCAACUACGCAGAUGAGAAGGGGAAAUUUGAUGAAUUGGUUGAGGACAAGGGUGUAAAGAUACUGAUUGAUCCCAAGGCCCUCAUGCAUGUGAUUGGGACCAAGAUGGAUUUUGUAGAUGACAAACUCAGGUCCGAGUUCAUAUUUGUCAAUCCGAACUCUAAAGGGCAGUGUGGCUGCGGUGAAUCUUUCAUGACAACUUCCAAUUCUCCAGCUGCAAAGCAGGGCACUGGUUAACAAUCAUGUUGAACUUGUGAUGGAUCAAAAGACACUUAAGGAACCCUUCAUUUAAUACUUGUAUUACUCAAAAGUUUCUCCUGUUGGUGACAUCUUGUAGCAGCCACACUCACAGGGCUUCAGUGUAUAAUACAUUCUUCUCUGAAACCGAUGCAAAUUGGGCUUACACGAACUUUCUGUAAUCCUGCCAUAUGUUUUACUGAUGUAAAUGUUAUAGUGGAAAGAACUGGAACAUCUUAAAGCAGCUGCCAUGUAAAAUCUGUUGAAACUUGAAAUGAAGCUAGGUCAUCGGUGCUAAUUUUGGCUUCAGUAUCACGUUCUUCUCAAUAACUGAAAAGCCAAAGCUAAUGUGGUUUCUCAGAACUUAUUCCUGUGUAAUGUGUGUAUAGCAUUAUUUCUA